AUGCCCGACGAGGUUAUUGACCUCGGUGGCCGCAUCGUGUCGCCGGGUUUCAUUGAGUGCCAGUUGAACGGGGCGUAUGGCUUCAACUUCUCUACCCUCGCCGACGACAUGACGCAGUACGGCAAGCAACUGCGAAGCUUGAACAAAAGGCUAGUUCAGACAGGAGUUACCUCGUACAUCCCCACCGUGACGAGUCAAACUAGCCAUCUCUACAAGAAGUCGCUCGGGGCUCAUGUCGAGGGACCUUUUCUGAACCCGACCAAAAACGGUGUGCACAACCGCUCCGUCUUGCGCGUUGCCUCAUCCCUCGCCGACCUCGAGGACAUGUACGGCGCUGCGAACGUCACUCCCUCCUCCUUCCAACCCUCCUCUCCAUCAUCCAGUUCCACCCCUACCGGUACCACCACACCCACAACCUCAACAUCACCCCCCUCCGAGAUCCCCAUCAAGAUGAUAACCGUGGCCCCCGAGCUCGGCGCCAUGACCAACCUAAUCCCGGAGCUCACCGCACGGGGCAUCCUCGUCUCGAUCGGGCACUCAGAAGCCACCUACGAAGAAGCCUCAGCCGCCGUCUCGGCCGGCGCGACUCAUGAUUACCCUACCUCUUUAACGCAAUGCGCCCGCUGCACCACCGCGACCCCGGGCAUCUUUGGCGUGCUGGGCGCGACGGAGCCAGCACCCCAGCCCCAACAGCAAACCCCCCAAUCGCAGCCGCAAAAGAGACCCUACUUCGGCCUCAUCGCGUGA